AUGGCUAGCGAAGUCUCCAAUUGUCUGGAUCUACCAUUCAUGCCGCCCCAGAAUCACCACCACUCGGCACCAACAAUACAGUAUUUAGCGGGCGGCGAGCUUCCCAUUGUUACGGAAGAGACACCCCAACAGCAGCAGCAGCAGCAGCAGCAACAACAACAACAGGAAGCAGAAUACUACGGAGACUCUGAGCGACAACUAACUCUACGUCAAGCCCCAAUGCAUGCUCGAGUUGCUGUUGGAAAAGAGAAAGACAGAAAACCGAUAGACCCCCCGCCGAUUGUUCAGUUAAUAGACAAGCGAACUGAUGGGAAAAGCGGCCUCUACGAUAGCCCCUAUCUAUUCAUGACCUCAUCUUUACUACCGGAAAACUAUGACGAGCACGUAAGAGGGCCAGAGUUGCCUUCAAACUAUUUAGUUGGGUCUCUCGCGUCAUCUAUCCACCGGCUACGGGAUACAGACAAUAUCGAGGGAGGAUUUUUCGUGUUUGGAGAUUUAUCUGUUAAGCAGGAAGGGCGAUACCGCUUGCGGUUCACCUUGUACGAAAGAGACCAGAACCAUCCAACCCCGAGUUUCUGCUUCAUCGGAGAGCUUAUCACCAACGUGUUUACUGUUUUUCCUGCCAAGCUGUUCCCCGGCAUGGCCGAUUCAACUCCUCUGACCCGAACAUUCAGCGACCAAGGGGUAAAAGUUAGGCUUCGAAAAGACUCGAGCACAAUGGCUGCACGAAAGCGAAGCAGACAAGCGAACGAACCAGGCAGUACCGCCAGCUCGCUUCUUCACCGCCAACCAAAACGUACAUCUUAUGACAGAGAAAUGCACUCACUGAGCAACUACUCUUUGUCUGAUCUGGGACACAUGGACUCCAUGGCGGGGGGUUCAACUUUGGUCACUACGGCGUCGCAUAAUCCGAACAUGUUCUCCAUAUCUGGACCUCUGCCAACUUCAAGAGGACCAGGUUUGGAUUUGCAUAUACCGACGAGUGGCUACUAUUUCGGUGCUCCUCAAUACUAUUAA